AUGUGGAAAAAGAAUUCACCUUUUCUUUAUGAUCUUGUUGUCACACACGCGCUUGAAUGGCCAAGUUUAACUUGUCAAUGGUUUCCUGAUGUGGAAGAUGUACCAGGCAAAAAUUAUAAAAUACAACGAUUGUUAUUAGGCACACAUACUAAUGACAACGAGCCUAAUUUUUUACAAAUUGCUUCCGUCAAAAUCCCAAAAGGACAUAAUAAUGAUGAAAAAAACAGCAAUAAUUAUGAAGACGUAACCAUGGAAGAUGCAAACGGAGACAAUGAAACCUUUAUAAAGAUAACUCAAAAAAUACCUCAUGAUGGAGAAGUUAAUCGUGCACGUUAUAAAGUUGACAAUCCUGAUUUAAUUGCAACCAAGUCAUGUACGGGUGAUGUUUAUAUUUUUGAUCGUGCUACUUAUGAUCCCUUUCCUAAAGAAAAUGAAAAAUUUAAUCCUACGUUAAGAUUAACUGGUCAUGAUAAGGAGGGUUAUGGUUUGGCUUGGAAUCCUCAUAAACAAAAGUCAAGUCACUUAUUAAGUGCUGGUUUUGAUUUCAAGAUUUGUCAAUGGGAUGUUGCAGGAACAGUCAAAGAGAACAAUAUACUAGAGCCUAUUCGUAUUUACACAGCACAUACAUCUGGAGUUGAGGAUGUCGCUUGGCAUACUAAAUUUGAUUCCAUAUUUGCUUCAGUAGGUGAUGAUGCCAGAUUAAUGAUCUGGGACACACGAAAUGAUUCAAGCAAGCCUAUUCACAAUAUUCGUGCACAUGAAGCUGAAGUUAAUUGUGUAUCUUUCGCCUCUGGUAGUGAAUGGGUACUUGCUACUGGUUCAGGGGAUAAGACUGCAGCAUUAUGGGACUUACGUAACCUUAAAUCAUCUUUACAUACGUUGAGAGCUCAUCAAUCAGAAAUUCUUCAAUUAUCUUGGUCACCACACCAUGACUCUAUUUUAGCAACUGCCAGUAGUGAUAGAAGGAUACUUGUUUGGGACCUUUCUAGAAUUGAUGCCCCACAACUCCCUGAAGAAGCAGAAGAUGGACCUCCUGAACUUUUGUUUAUGCAUGGUGGACAUACAAAUAAAAUAUCUGAUUUUGGAUGGAAUCCAGUUGAACCUUGGGUUUUAGCUAGUACUGCUGAUGAUAAUAUUGUACAAGUUUGGGAGAUGGCUAAUUCUAUUUAUAAUCCUCGUCAACAAGUAGUAGAAGAACAUCAGGAUAGUACACUUGAAGUAAAUGAAGAGAAUUUUGCUACAACCGAUAAUAGCAAGCCUUCUGUUACAAAUAAUACGGCUGAAAUAAGCUCAUCAUCUCACCCUAUUUCUUCACCUUCUACUACUUCUGCUGGAUCCACAUCUGUGGAACAUACUUUAACGACCACCUCUGAUGUUAAUAACUUGAAUACGAAUGCUGAAACCGCAGCUAAUGAUAUUAAUGCUAAUAAUGAUGUUUCCACUACAUCAUUGGCAAGUUCUUCUCCACAAACAAAUAUAAUAACCCAAUCCUCCUCAUUUACACAAGAAAAUGCUGUUGUAAAUGAAGAUAAAAUGGAGGAAUAA